UCCAUCGACGAACCUGACAUGGCCAAUAAUAUUUGGCCAGAGAGCACUGAUUUAGCAACCCAUUCCAUCUCACCUACCGCACCAGCUUGCUCAGGUGUUCAUACCAUUGCUUCGCUUUAAAUUUGUCAUCCUCUAUGGUGGCUAUUCAUACUUUAUUUCCAUCUGCCCAUUUCUCUCCUUCACGCUUGGCAUAACCUCACUGCACACAAAAGCAGAGAUUUUGAGCAAAUGGGCCACCUUGAAAAUGAGAGAACUGUAGUGGGAUGGGCUGCCAGAGAUCCAUCUGGGUUCUUAUCUCCUUACUCUUUCACUCUCAGGAACACAGGCCCGGAAGAUGUUUUUCUCAAGGUUCUUAGCUGUGGAAUUUGCCAUUCUGACCUUCAUCAAGUCAAAAAUGAUCUCGGCAUGUCUAAUUACCCAAUGGUUCCAGGACAUGAAGUUGUGGGAGAGGUGAUUGAAGUGGGUUCAGCUGUCACCAGCUUCACUGUUGGCGAUAUAGUUGGCGUCGGAGUUAUCGUCGGAUGCUGCAGAAACUGCCGCCCCUGUAACUCAGACAUCGAGCAAUAUUGCAACAAGAAAAUCUGGUCUUACAAUGAUGUCUACACUGAUGGCAAGCCCACCCAAGGCGGCUUUGCGGAGUCCAUGGUCGUUGAUCAGAAGUUUAUAGUUAAAAUCCCAGAAGGGAUGGCACCAGAACAGGCUGCACCGCUUUUAUGUGCAGGUGUGACAGUGUACAGCCCACUGACUCACUUUGGAUUAAAACAAAGUGGACUAAGAGGAGGAAUUUUGGGCCUUGGAGGAGUAGGACACAUGGGGGUGAAGAUAGCCAAGGCAAUGGGACACCAUGUCACUGUGAUCAGCUCUUCUGAUAAGAAAAGAUCAGAGGCUUUGGAUCAUCUUGGAGCCGACCAGUACCUGGUCAGCUCGGAUGCAACUCAAAUGCAAGAAGCAAAUGACUCACUUGAUUAUAUAAUUGAUACUGUGCCUGUGUUUCACCCUCUUGAACCUUACCUUUCUUUGUUGAAGCUUGAUGGGAAGUUGAUCUUGAUGGGUGUUAUCAAUACUCCCCUGCAGUUUGUCAGUCCCAUGGUUAUGCUUGGGAGAAAGACAAUCACAGGGAGCUUCAUUGGGAGCAUGAAGGAAACAAAAGAAAUGCUUCAAUUUUGUCAAGAGAAAGGACUGACUUCAACAAUCGAAGUAGUGAAGAUGGAUUAUGUGAACACAGCAAUAGAGAGACUGGAAAAGAACGAUGUUAGAUAUCGAUUUGUUGUGGAUGUUGCAGGAAGCAAGCUUGGUCAAUAGAAACACGAACACCAUAACAAUAAGUACAUGUUUGAGUGUGAAUUUGUUUGUUUCCAUUUGCUACGUUUUGUGUUGGAGAAAAUAAAUUGAAUUUCCUUUAAUUUAGUUCUGUGAUUGAAAUAUAUCUGGGAGUGGGAUCUGUGAGCGUUGAAAUCACCAAACAUUUCUGGGAAAUGGAGAGACAAAUGUUAUCAAAUGUGGGUUGUUCAUCAAACUUCUGUUAUAUGAAAAGUCCAUGAUAUCUAA